UCUUCUUCUUUUCUCUCUACCUUCAUCAUCUGUGAGUUUCAUCAAUUUUAUGGUGUUGAAGGAAUUGGAUUGAACUAUGGAUUUUUGGGUAACAAUCUACCACCACCAGACCAAGUCUUCAACUUCUUGAAAUCGAAAAACAUACAAAAAAUUCGAAUUUUCGACCCGAACCCCGACGUGUUAAAAGCACUAGAGAAAUCAGCUAUUUCAGUAAUUCUUGGUACUCGAAAUGAAGAUUUACAAGCACUUGCAACUGAUCCAACAUUUGCAACAAAUUGGGUACAAAAUAACGUUAUUCCAUAUGCUUCACUUCUCGAUUUUACACACAUUUCAGUAGGUAACGAAGUGAUACCAAGUCCAUUAGCAAGUUACGUAUUAGGAGCCAUGCAAAAUCUGGACGCAGCAAUCAUUGGCUCUGAUUAUUACAUACCCGUCACAACAGCAAUGUCGUUACAGGUUUUAGAGACCUCGUAUCCUCCUUCCAAUGGCACGUUCUCCGAGGAGGCCGCGCAAUACCUACAGCCCAUCGCACAAUUUUUAGCUGCAAAAUAUUAUCCGUUAUUGAUUAACGUCUAUCCAUACUACGCUUAUUCUGGAAACUCUGCUCAAAUUCAGUUGGACUAUGCGCUUUUUCUAGGCACGGCUCGGAUUGUGCCUGACGGAGCGUUGCAAUACAAAAACUUGUUUGAUGCAAUGGUUGAUUCUGUGUAUGCUGCUUUGGAGAAAGUUGGACAGUCUAGUUUAAACGUUGUGGUAGCGGAAACAGGAUGGCCAAGUGCUGGAGAUGUUUAUGCAACUAUUGGAAAUGCUCAAACUUGUGUGAAUAAUGUGAUUUCACAUGUUUCAUCUGGGCAAGGAACUCCUAAGAGGCCUGGAAAGGCUUUGGAGACGUAUAUUUUCGCUCUCUUUAACGAGAAUCAAAAGAACAAAAUUUUGGUUUAUUUUAUCCUGAUAUGAAUGAGGUUUACCAUGUCAACUUAAUACCCUAGAAUAAUUAAAUGUGUGUAUAUAUAUAGCCCACUCGAUCGAGGAAAAUAUUGUGUUUUCUUAGGUAAAUCGGUAUAAAAGUUUAGUGGAAAAUGAUAUAUGUAUGUAUUUUCGAGCAUAAAUUGUUUGAGCUUCCUACUGUUUUUACCUCAUGCUUUGAUAACUCUUCUUGGCCUUGCUAUUUAAUUCAUUGAGAAGAAAUUUUGAUCGAAGAACUCUUCAAUUCUACUAUUUUCAGCUAAGAAUUUUAAUUUUGAUCUUCUUUGAUUACAAUGUAAAUGG